AUGAAGUUUGGUCGAAUCGCUCUAGGUGUGGUCGCCUUUUUGGCGUUCAUCCUACUGGCUGCAUAUCAAGGCUACGUGUACACCACACCCUUAAACAACCUUAAAGUUAAAGCCGAAGUAGAGAGACGACGGCGGACGGCGUAUCUCCAUGACCAUCGUCGCCCUGAGCAGCGUGAUGGUCCACUCUUCGACAUGAUGACAGUCAUGAGAACACCAACUUGUGUGAACUACCAGACCAUCAUGGGAGCUCUAAAGCACUUGAAGCCUCAGGGCCUCCGGAGGAUCUAUGUGUCUGUUCCCGGUCCAUGGGUCGAGAGUAUGAGCAAUUUGCACGAAGAUGUCAUCGGAGUGGACGACGCCAAGGCUGUACCUGGCGUCUCCUACGACAUCAUCGGUAAGGAGCUGAACAAGCAGGGCUACGAUGGUCAGGAGAUGCUUGCGGGCCGCCGAAGCACUGGCUGGUAUCUUAUGCAAUUUCUGAAUUUGGGCUUCGGCAUGCGUGACGAUGUGCUGGAUUUUGUUCUCCUCCACGAUGCCGACCAAAUGAUCCUGUCAAAUUUUCAAGUGUUUGGCCUCAGCACUUUCACAGGACCUGAUGGCAUCCGACCGACCAUCAACCUCCGGCCGGGAGGAGGGGAUGCACACCAGUACGAGAAGGCGCACAGGUGUCUUCUCAAUGGUGAGAACAUCGAGGACCCUCCAGAUAACAGUUCAUACACGUCGCACUCCUGGAUGAGUUACCGGCCCUACAUAACAGAGCUGCUGACCCGUUUUGGCGGGCAUAUCCGGGACAUUGCAGAGGGUCAGCCUCAACCAUGGCUUAAGCGGAUCGUCGAGUGCAUUGACCAGACAAAUCCGCAUGUAGGAUUUGGAGAGAUUACCACAUAUCUGUCAUACAAUGUGCGGCACCAUCCCGCGCAAUAUACCUUCGUACCACUGGUGACAUGGACGCGCCACCCCAUAACUAUAAUGGACCUCGGUGUCAUGGAGAACGGCUUCUGCUGCCCCACCGCGCAGAUGCUUCAACUCCACGAACACGAAGGAUACGAGUACGUCGGCAUGGAGCUUGGUCAUCCCUGGCCCUUGGGCUCGAAGUGUGGAUACACAAGCAACGCUUCAUUCCUCUCGGAGGCGUACCCGCCACCUGACCAUGCUUUCUGGCAGAGCCGAAACGUCCGGCUGCAACGGCGCGUCAGAUAA